AUGCUCUCUCAGCAGCAAAUGCAGCAGCAACGUAUGAUGAAGGCACGCCAACAGCAAAUGCAAAUGAUGGCGAUGCAACAAAGAAUCACAAACAACCCUACAGCUUCACGACAACAAAUGCAACCACAAUCCCAAGCAAUGGGCUCAACAUAUGAUGAUCUUCCAAUCAAUAGUCCUAGCGAUAUUGAAUUUACCAAUGGACAUCCUUCAUUUUGUGGUCAACCCCCUCCCUUUUUUCAUCCCUUUGCAUCUGCCUGCCAACACGGCCCACUCUCUAUCAUCCAAUCUACUGUCUCUGAGCAGCAACUUACGCCGGCAUUCCUUCAUCAUGGCCUGACACUUGCCCUGAGCUCUGGUAAUAUUGAUGCUGCAAGUUGGCUCCUCUCGAAUGGGGCACCAAUCGUUCGCGAAACUCCGCGCAAUGUCUUAUCAGCCCCUCCAGACCGACAAGUUGGUCUUUGCGAGCUCCUCCUUCACCAUGGCUGGACUCCAAAUACCCCAGGAUUCUAUGGUGCUGUCUUGCUCCCGAGAAUCAUUACCAACCUUCCUCUUCUGCGCUGGUGUCUUAACCACGGAGCUGAUCCAAACCUUGGCGCACAGAAGGACAACCGUGACCGCCGCGGUGGACCCGACACAGAUUCAUGUAUUGCUCUCGAGGCAGCUGCAGCUCAUGGCACUGUGGAGGCCGUCCGCUUGAUUCUCCAGGCGGGCGCCCGGGUUGAAAAUGGGUUGCCAUUGCACUGUGCUGCAGGAGUAUGUCCUCCAGGUCAACCCCCACACGCUACGCGAGUGAAACCAAGCUUUGAGUUCGAUACGAGCAGAAUUCCAGUGAUGGCUCUACUGAUAGAGCAUGGCGCGGACGUAAAUAAAAAAGAGGAGUCGCGACAUAUGACGCCGCAGUAUGCAAUUGUAAAGGCAGUCAUGGCCGGCGCAGAGGAGCGGGUGAGGUGGUUGUUGGAACAUGGGGCAGACCCAAAUGUGAGAGGCGCUUAUGGCAGUGCAGUUGAGCGUGCACGUGCUCUUGGGGAUGAAAAUAUGAUCUGUAUGAUUGAGGGGUUUGUUGAGCAAAGUUAG